CUGCAGACAUUAGUCGAUCAGAAUAAACCAAAAAAAAUUCGCGUCAUCGUCGUUGUCCUGUUUUUCUAGGGUUCUAGAGUUUCCUUCUGUUUCCAGUAAACCAUGAGUCGUCAUCCGGAAGUGAAGUGGGCCGAACUAACAGACAAGGUUUUCCUUACCGUACAGUUGGCUGAUUCUAAGAAUACAAAAGUUAAUCUCGAUCCAGAGGGAGUCUUCACUUUCUCGGCCAAUGCUGGACCCGAAAACCACGUCUAUGAACUUAAACUUGAACUUCAUGAUAAGGUCAAUGUGGAGCCCAGCAAAAUCAAUAUCGGAGUGAGAAACAUAUUUUGCAUCUUGGAGAAGGCAGAGCCGAAACGGUGGGAAAAGCUGUUGCGCGGAGGGAAGCCACCACACUAUGUUAAGGUUGAUUGGGACAAAUGGGUGGAUGAGGACGAAGAAAAGGGUGCUGGUAUGGGAGAUCUGGAUAUGGGUGGAAUGGAUUUCUCGAGUUUGGGUGGUGGAAUGGGUGGCAUGGGUGGACUCGGCGGCAUGGGUGGCAUGGGUGGACUCGGUGGAAUGGAAGGCUUGGGUGGACUCGGUGGAAUGGGUGGACUCGGUGGAAUGGAAGGCUUGGGUGGACUCGGUGGAAUGGGUGGACUCGGUGGAAUGGAUGACUUUGAGGACAGUGACGGUGAAGAAGAAGCAGCUAAGCCUGAUGAUAAGAAAGAUGGGGCAGAAGAUAAAAAGGGGGCAGAGACAGGAGAGGCGAAACCCGAAGCACAGACCACAGCUUAGGAGCGAGGAGACACUGUUUGAUGCUCUUAGUGAUGAAAAACAUUAUGGUAUUUUACUAACUGAGUGAGCUCUUCCAAUGUCUACGGAUGUUAUAUGCUUUUCCCCUUGUUUUUUUUUUUUUAAAUGUUUCUUCCUCAAUUUGCUGCUUCAUGGAUUGUUAAAUUUCCCAUAUCCUCAGCACAUUUGUUAUGGCUAUUCACUGCUCUUGUCUUUUGCGCCUC